GAGGAGGAAACAGCUGAAUGAUGAGUGCUGCUCAGAGUCAAACAACACUGGAGUCCAAACUGGAGGCCCUGCAGUGCCACUUCACCUGGGAUCUGGACCCCAGCAAGUCCAUGCUGUUACGUCGAAAGGAAAAGUUCGAAGACAUCGGCACCGAGGAGGGGAACAGCUGGCUGGGUCACAUUUACAACCUGCGGGGGUUCGUUCAGUACAAGCUGGGGUUCACCGAAGACGCCCAGAGUUUCUUCAACAAGGCUGCAGAGGCCUUCAGCAAGAUAAGAAACGCAGAUGAGGGUCCCUGGUUGGUGGUGAACUACAGGAACCUGGCGUGGCUGCACCACCACCUGGGAGACCAAGCAGAGAGUCAGGCUUACCUGUCAAAGGUCAACGCCCUGAUGAAUAAAUACCCAUCUCCAUCCCAGGACCAGCUCCAUCCAGAGAUCUACGCUGAGAAAGCCUGGACCCUGAUGAAGUUCAGCAGAGAACAAAAGAAAGAGGCUGCAGAUUACUUCCAGAGAGCCAUCAGGAUGCAGCCGGAUAUGGUGGAGUGGAACACCAGCCACGUCUUAGGGUUAGUGGGGUCUAUCAGGCACAACAAAAAGCUGGAGGCUGACCUUCUGGAGAAAAUGAGAAUUGCCAAGGAACAGGAUCCAGAGAACUUUUACCUUGCUGUUCACUACCUUUAUCAAUGUUUUCUGAAAGGAGAGAGAAUCGAAGAAGAAGCACGUGAGUUAGCCAGAAAGGUUUUAAAGAAUCCUGUCAGCAGCUACAGUGGUAUUAAACCAUUACUAAAGGUUUACUAUUACUAUCUAUCUGUUGAUGAGGCCAUUGAUUUGGCAGAGGAGGCUCUGGAAACCCAUCCAGAUGAGCGUUAUCUGAAGAGAUGCGCUGCCCUCUGCUACAAAUGGAAAAUCAUUUAUGUCAGGGACAGUCGUCUAAAUCCAAGCAUGAUAGACAGAGCAAUCAGUCUCCAUAAAGAGGUGAUUGCUCUCUACCCUCAUUCUUUCCUUAUGAAGAAAAUAGACCUCGCAAAUAUAUAUGCAUUGUUAAAUUACGGCCAGGCCGAAGCUGAGCAGAUAUAUCAGGAACUGCUAGAAAGUGAUCUGGAACCUGCAGACAAACAGUUGGUUUAUUACUGCUAUGCAAAACAUUUAUACCUCCGUUGUAGGGAUUACCAAAGGUCAACACAAUAUCACAUGAAGGCAGCAGCGAUACCGCAGCAAUCCUUCUAUAGAUGGAACAGCAUCAACACUCUGAAGAAGAUUAGAGACAGAGGCAGGAGCCACAUGUGUAGAGAAAUAGAGGAGUUUUUGGCAAACCUGCAAGAGCCAUAUUGUUUUUAAAAGCACUGGUUCUUAAUCCAGAAAUUGAUUACACAUCAGGAAAACCUGAUCCUUCUGUUGGUCUGCUGGUCCAGAAGCAGCAGACCAACUGUAUCCUUUAGAGGCAGGUUUUUACACUUUAUGGAAGUAUAAUAAAAACCUUUACAUUUGUUCUGGAAAACUAAGCAGUAGUACACACUAGAUAUAUGAAACAAGCUGAAUCAUUUAAUAACACUGGUCCUUUAAAUAACAUCCACUCUGGACACGUUCAAAUGUCAUCCUCCUCAACCAUGGUAUUUGUUAUAGUCCUGUUGUGUUGAAAUGUUUUUCCUUUGCCCUGUAAUUUAAGCUUAUAUAACAACAGUAUGAAGUUUGCUUUGCUGUAAGAAAAAUAAAUGGUUGGUAAUGUAAUAGUUAAUUUGAUGUAUAACCUGAAUAUGAUCGCUAUUUGUGCACACACAAUAGUAUUAAAUAUACAUUAUGUGAACUAAC